UGGUGAGGCGGCCGGGUGAGUGGGUUCAGCAGACGCGGGGCUGCACGGACGGCGGCGGGUCAGCAUGAAGCAGUUUGCCGAGAACGCAACGCAAACCAGGCAAAGCUUAACUUUAAACAGCGGCAAACAGAACAUCACGGGUCUCCCAGAACCCUGUGCCACAGGCAGUUGCAUGGACAACCUGACACAAGACCAGAAGCUCCUUCCCGUUCACAAUCAGACCAAUGGACCAUCGGCAGCGAAUGGAAUAAUUCCAGGUAUGAUAGCAGCCACGAUAUUCAUUGUUUUCCUGCUGGGAUUGUACACGAUUCUGUGGAAAUGCAUGAGCUUCCAGACUAAGAGACACCGAGGGAGUGGGCGGUCGAAGCUGAGAGUCUCCCAUUCACCCUCCAUCUCCUGCUGAUGCCAGGUUGGCUACCUUCUCUGAGUUCCCGCGUGGCCCGGUUGACUUGACGGACCUUUUCAGGAGACCGCUGCCCUUUUCUCCCCCUCUGAGAAUCCGGUAUCAGCGGGCUGACGUGCCAACCACUGACCAGUUUUGAACGGAGUUUGCGGCGGGGUCGGGGGUGGCAGAGCAGGCGUAGCAUCUGCUGCCUCCGGCUCGCAGAGAACAGAUCAUGUCCUCUCGCUGCCCGGCUGUUCCACCUGUCCCCAACACAAGCUGAGUGGUUUGGGGAGAACUUUCUACCUGCACGUGAAUGGAACCCAAUAAAUGGGUGACUGGACAGCACGCAAUUUAAGUUGGCUUAGACCCAACUUUCUGUAGUAAUGAGCAGUAAUAAAAUAUAACUGUUAAAUCUGGCUGAUUACUCUAAGCUCUUUGGUGCCCCUUGCCUGAGACCCUCUGCCAGCAGUGGACACUGGCAUUCAGCCUUAAAAUAGGACCAGGUUUUGGUGGUCUGACAGUAGAAAGUUUAUUUCCAGCACCUUGAAGCUUUGUGUUGUGGAAGCAUUGAGUCUAUUGUAUUUCUCUGAUGGAAGGGCCCUCUUGCUUUCUCAGUGAGAGUUCUCUGCAGGGGCUUCGGGUGGGGAUACACUGCGUCUUGUUCUCUUGUGCCUUUCAGGUGAACAGCCUAAUACUGCAACCUGGGAUCUCCUGGGUGCAGCUGUCCUCCAGUCAGUGUCUGGAAAGAACCAUCAGCCAAACAGGGGACCUGCCAGCUGAGGCCUGUCCAACAGGUGACUCCUGUGAGGUGCCUCAGAUAGAAGGGGAUGGGAUAGCUCUGUGAGCCGGACUUGAUGGACCAACUUACCUCCUUCCAUACUGUAAGGAAAUGGGGAAGCAUCCAUAUUCUUAAUACUUCAGUCCAAUUGCUAAUUAAUGACCCAUUAUUGAGAACAGGAAAGAUUCAAUGGGACGUUGGCUCCCGGGUCACUAGGCAGUAAUAGUGUCAUGCUAACCACUACACUACUGUGCCUGCCCUGGUACUUGGUCAAGUACAUGGAUAGGAAAGGUAGCCAAAUGCAGGCAAAUGGGACCAGCUUAGAUGAGAAUCUUGGUUAGCAUGGACCAGUUGGGCUGAAGGGCCUGUUUUUGUGCUGUAUGACUCUAUAAAAUGAGGAAGUGUUGAAUUAUUAACUCUCGGACCAUGGAAGGCAAAAUAGAAGUUUCUCAAAGAUGAGAAACCAGGAGCUGAAAUAUUUUGGUGUCUACAUCCAGAGAUCAUUUCAAGCAAGUCAACAGGUAGAGGGAAAAUUACUCCAGCCCCUUAAAGCAGUUGAAGUUUAGAGGCAGGACAAGAUUCCACACCUGCUUCAAUCCUGUUGGGAAAUGUGGCUUUCCAUGGGACACUUCCUUAGGGAGAAGAUGCUGUCCAUGGAUGAUGCAACGUUGGAUUCACCGGAGUGCGGUUAGGGGUGCAUUAGCGGAGGUAGUUGUUGAGCCUGGCUUGCAUCCCUUUGACUUGAGGGAUCUAAUUAAAGUGUGGGUGAUGGAAGGUUUGAUGUAGAAAUAAUUUCCCCUGUUGUGGGAAGCUGGGGGGCAGGGAGGGCGUAAAUCUGAGGAUGAAGGCUGGGUUUCAGAGUGAUGUUGGGAUGACCAUCACACGAAAGGGCAGUGGAGGAACUGCAACAUGCCUGCACUCUUUCCCCCCCCCCCAAACAAAACACUUGAAGCUUAAAUUGAUCUGUUGGGUGAAAGGAUUGAAUGUUAAUAAAAUGUCAGUGGAAUAAAGAUGUAGAUAAGCAAUUAUAUUAUUGAAUGAUAAGGAAGGGUAGGGGGAACUGUCUCUAUGGUUCUGAAUUGACCAAGAAAAAGCUUUAAUUUGCUUGCCUUUUUAUUUUGUGUUAAAAGUCUAACAGAGCAAUUAUGUAGAUAUUUAUCUCUGUGGAGGAAAUGUUACCAUUUUCAUUAAAGAAAUAUAUAAAUACAAAA